AUGGAGGGAGCGUGUCUUCCUGAUAUUUAUUCGGAUCAGCUCCCAUUUUCCAAAAAAUUAAAAAUAAAAUGAUAAAUAGUGAAAAACAUUGAGGAAAAUAAAUAAUAGAAAUAUAUUUUAUAUACUAGGCUACUUCUUGAUUGUUGUAACCGGUAAUUUUGCAUAUGCGAUAAAUAAAAAAGAAAAAAUGCAUUUUUCUCAUUUUAUUGGAUGUAAUUGAGUUUAAUAGUUAUUCAUUUUAUUUUAUUUAUUGGAGGAGCAGGUCUUCUUGAUAUUCAUCUGAGUCAAGUUUUAUUUUAAAAAGAUUAAACAAUUAAAUGAUAAAUAUGAUUUUUUAGGAAGAUAAAAUAAUAGAUAAUAUUUUUAUCUAAUAGGCGUAUUCUUAAUUGUUAUAAAUGGUCAUUUAUCUUAUGCGAGAAAUUAAUAAGAAAAAAUGUUUUUUGUUCAUUUUAUUGGACGUAAUUUAUUUCAUUAAUUUUCUUCAUUUUAAUUUACUUUUAUUUAGUUAUUUCUAGUGGCAGGUCUUCUUGAUAUUUAUUGGGGUCACCUUUUAUUUUAAAAAACCUAAAUAAUUAAAUGAUAAGUAGAGAAAACUUAAAUAAUUAAAAAAAUGCAUUUGAUUCAUUUUAUUGGAUGUAAUUGAGUUUAUUAGUUAUUCAUAUUAAUUGAAUUUAAUUAUUUGAGGGAGAGGGUCUUCGUGAUAUUUAUUUGGGUCGUUUUUUAUUUUUACAACUUAAAUAAUUAAAUUAUAAAUAGGGAAUUUAUUUUUUGAGGAAGAUAAAAAUAUAGGCGAGUAAUAGUUCUUGAUUUUUAUUACGAGAAAUGCUUAUUUUCAUUUUAUUGGAGUAAUUGAGAUUAUUAGUUAUUCAUUUUAAUUUAAUUGAAUUACUGCGAGGGAGUGAGUCUUCGUUAUAAAAAUUAAAUGAUAAAUAUGGGCUCUAUCGCCCUCUCUCCAUCCGCGCGCAGGUAGCCGUUGGGCUGGGCCCCGGCGCUGUAUACUGACACGUACCCCGUGUAGGGGCAUGUUGGGGAUUUAAUUGAGGUACGUGGCUCGAUCCAGCGCGGAAGUGGGACCGUGUUGGAUUUGAUGCGAAUUGAUGCGUACGCGUCUCGAAGUAAAAUGUUUUGAUUGGGUAACGUUCGUGCGAUCAGUGGACGCUGCGUCAGACUUUCUCUGUUGUGUAUGCGUAUAGAGAUGUAUUUAGGUAAACGUCAGUAAAACGCCCGUUGCUACUUUCAAAAUUUCUGACCGUUGGGAUCCUAACGUUCUUCUUCCUCCCCCCUCCCUUUCUUCUCUCCUCCCUCUGCAACUUACCCUCCUCUGUCUGGAAAGAGAGAGAGAGAGAGAGAGAGAGAGAGAGAGAGGCGAUAACCAGGGGGGCGCUCCUCCAUCUUCUUCCAUUUUUCAAACUUCCUUGUACUAGCUUCUCUAGAGAGAGAGAGAGAGAGAGAGAGAGAGAAAGAGAGCCAAAAAGUUUCCUCCAUCUCCUCCAGCAAUUCUCAGUCCCUUGCCCAUCUUGCUUCUGCAGUUCUCUUACCACUCUCCACCCAAAUCCUUGAUCUCCCCAUCUUCUACUUCCUCUAAUCUUCCGAAGUAGGGAAGAAACCGAAGCAUGGAGGUGGUAACGACAGCCGCCGCCGCCGAAGGAGGGGGAGGAGGGAGUGGCGCCGCCGCGGAGCCGGCGGCGGCAGCGGUCCUCGCUCAGUCAUUCCAGAUCGAUGAAAUCUACGAGUUCAGCGCCCCGCGAUUCUUCGACUUCUCGAACGAGGAGACCGCCGAGCAGAUCAAGAGAUCCGAGCUCUGGUUCGAGACGGCUCUCAGCCACGCCCAAUCCCGUACGCUUUUAUCUCCUCCCUCGGUUCAUUUACUCCCCGAUUUCUUCAAUCGGCGUUAAAUCUGAGGCCAUUCGUCCGAUCUGGAGUGAUUCUUUUCAUUUUUUCGACAGAUUUAUCCGACCAUUAGUGCCUGUUCUAAUCGAGAUCUUCCCUUUCCUCUGAUGCAGCUUUCGUCAAUGGCGUAAAAGGGGGGAGAUCCUACAAACAGGAGAGCAUCUGCUGCGACUUUGGACACGUAGAGGAUCAGAGACUUUCUUCUUCUUCUUCUGACAAGGUGACGGCGCAUUGUGAUCUACAGUAUAAUCUGUUUUUACUUUGUUUAAGAUGACCGAAUCCGAUCUCAUGGUUUUUCCUUCAAUCCUGCGCAGAAACCGGAACCAGCGGCUGAAGCUCAAGGUGAUGAUGACGAUACGAGGGAGAUUCUGGUCGUUGAAACCAAAGGAACAGGGUAUGAUCAUGAGGAGGAUCUAAUCUAAUCGUUGUACUUCCAUCUCCUGCUCCAAGAAGCUCAUUAGAAAUUUUUUCAUCUGUUCAGAGACAUCCAAGCGGCUGUUCUUCCAACCGCAAGAUCGGAAACCCGUCAGGAGGAGGAGAAGAAGAGCAACGAUGAAGGAACUGAGCACGUAAGCUGUUUUUUCUUCGAUUAAAGUCGAUGAUCUCCUCCAUCUCACCACUUCUCUCCUCGAUCUAACUAACCAUUAUUCGAACUUUCAGAUCCCCGGUCCCAAUCCCCCUGAAAAUUUAAGGUACUCUCUCUCUCUCUCUCUCUUCUCUCUACCUCUCUUUCUCUCUUUCCUUUUUCUAUUCUCACUGAUAAUUUCAAGCUGCAGCAGGCUUCCGAAUGGAAAUUCUUCCACAGUCGACGCGAGCAGAGUUCAAUACGGAACUUCAACAAAUCUGGCUCCUGCCCACUCCGAAUCGAAGGGGGCCGCAUCCCAGGGUAUGUAUAUAUACAUCAAAUUCCACAGAUCUACCGGAUUUCUACGCGAUCUUUCGCAUUGAAUCUCUGCUCCAUCUUCCGUGAUCAGCGUCUGCUGCUCGCACCCCCGCGAUUUCCCGCAACGCUGGAAAGGUAGAUGCAGAAGUCGGCUCGAGGAACAAGACGGCCAAGAAGAUCGCCAGCCUCAUCAGAAACCCGUCUGCCCUAAAGCCAAGGAUCCAACCUGCUUCAACUCAGAAGACUGCGUCGUUCAGGUGGGUCGUCCUAGCAAAAUCUCCAGAAAAGGAAAGAAAAUCUUAAUAUUGAAGCGGGGAAAGAAAAUCCUAAUCUGCAGGAUAAUCUCUUGCAGGUGCCCCGGUGGGGAUAUUGCUCAGGAAAACCAGGCUGUCAAGAGGCAGAAGCUUGACGGGGGCCUGUCUCGCCAGGUGAAACCAGAAUCACAACUCUCUCUCUCUCUCUCUCUCUCUCUCUCUCUCUCUCUCUCUCUCUCUCUCUCUCUCUCUCUCAGACUUCUUUACCUUCUCUCUCUCCAACGGGCUUUUGUUCUAAGGGAUUGUUCUCCCUGCAGAUACAUAAUGUGAAGAGCAGGGCGCUGGUUCACAAGUCCAGGCCUGAUCUUCCAGCUGAUGGAGGAGACCUCCUCUCGUCCAGAGAUCUCCAUGGGGUGAACAGAAAGGUGCAUAUUUUUGAGAAAUUUGCUAAAAUCUCCAAAUUCGCAUUGAAAGAAUAAAUUGAAAAUAUUAAAAAUAUUCUAAUUCUCCAAGUUAAAUUCCUCAGAAUCAUUGUCUUGCCUCAAGAUUGAACAUAUUAAAAAUAGUGUUAAUAAUUUUAAACGACCUAAAAUUCCAAAUAUAUAAAUCAAUUGAAGUAAAUUAAUUUGUUCAUAUUUUUUUAUUCCAGGAGGACAUGCAGGCAGUGAUUCAACGAAGGCCUAAGCUUACCUUGACAAGGCCCAAGGAGCCCGAACUGGAGACAGCCCACAGGGUGCGGGCCGUGAGGAUUAAGAGCUCUGCAGAACUAGAAGAGGAGAUGCUGUCCAAGAUGCCCAAGUUCAAAGCCCGGCCUAUAAACAAGAAGGUACAAUUAUUUUUAUUUUAUGGUUGGUUUAUGCUAAUAAAAGAAAUAAUUAUUUAUCUGAUUAUUGUCAAUUGUUUUCCAUGGAAAGAUCCUGGAGGCACCUUCAUUGCCCGCUCCUCAGAGGAGCACUCCACAGCCUCCUGAAUUCCAGGUACUGCAGAGAGACGAAAAGAACAAUUAUGCUCUUUUUUUCUAUUUACAUUGAAAAUAUAUAUAAAUGAACAAUUAAAAAAAGGGGGGAUGUGGGAUGAUGAACAGGAGUUCAAUCUGAAGACGAUGGAGAGGGCUGCAAGAAAUGCUGGAGCAUCAUCUGUAGUAUCUUCUUCUUUGUCGAUGGAGUCCUCAACGUCAUUCAAUGUAAUGGAUUUAUUGUUUCUUUUUUCUCACUGUGGAUCCUCUCUCAGUAAAUCUUACACUGAUUUAUUUCUAUAAAUAGGAUCAUUUCAAGAUCAAUAGACUCACAGAGCCCAAGCCGCCUCAACUGGAGACAUCUCUUCGGGCUCGUCCUCCCAGGUUUGAUGCUAAAUUUGCUAAAUUUGAUCCAAGUUAUGAUGUUGGUGGGGCCCGAUUUGAAAAAAAUAAAUCCAUAAAUAACUUUUACAGAGUCAAAAGCUCCCAGGAGCUGGAGCUAGAAGAGCUGGAGAGAAUUCCAAAGUUCAAGGCCAGGCCACUAAAUAAAAAGGUAUGUUGAUCUACUUAUGGUUAUUAUUCUUUAAAUAAAUUAUCUCCAGCUAUUCCAAUCAAGAAAAUGGAUAAAAUGAGAUGUUGCCCGAAUUCAGUGUUUUGAAAAAUACUUAUUUAUGGUAUAAUGAGACGUAAAAUUUUUAGAAGUUUUUGAAUUAUGGUAUAGAUCAAAAUGGCCAAGAUUUUUGGAGAUAAUGCAACAAAUUUGGAUCGAAUUAAGAUAAUGCACGAACGUUAUUGGAUUUUUUUAUUGGUUGAAACAUUUAACUGUGCGAAACAUUGGAAAGCAGCCGAUCAUCAUCGUCACAGAAUUUCAAUUUUAUUUUUCUGCAGAUCUUUGAGAUGAGAGGUGAUCGCGGAUCACUCCGCAGACCCAAGCGCCAGAUCACCAUCCCUCAAGAGUUCCAUUUCGCUACGGAUGAACGUAUGGGCCCACCUGCAUUUGUUCUCGAGGCUUUCGACAAGGUACAGGCUUUCCAUGGCGGUGGCGAUAUUGCUUGGUUUUUCUUGGCGACAAAGUACUCAUAUUUUGUGUGUAUCUACAGCUUUCACUGCAUUCAGAGCGUCAAACCGAGCAGCAGCGCCAAGUUCCUAGACUGACGAUUCCGAACCCAUUCCAUCUCCAUACAGAGGUUAGUCAACGCCCUCAAGUAGAUCACACAGACUUGCCAAAAUUGCAGGAUCUGACUUUCUUUUUUAUUUUUUCUUGGCGUGGUUCUUUAAAUUAGGAGAGAGGCUUGGAAAAAGAGAGGGAUUUAUCUCUGCAGAUCCUGCACAAGGAGAUAGAGCAAGAGAGAGCUCGCGUCCCCAAGGCCAAUCCAUAUCCGUAUACCACAGAUUAUCCCGUUGUAAGAAAGAUUAUCCAUAUCUAUUCAAUUAUUUUCAUUCAUCUACUUUUUACAGCCCAGUUCUGAGGAAGAUUUUUUAUAUAUUCAUUUAAUUCUAAAUUUCCCAUCUUUUAUCCCCAACUUUUCUAUUUUUGAAGAAGAAGAAGAUCCAUUUUUUUUUAUAAUUAAUAUAAUUUUAUCUCCCAGCUGUGUGAUGAAUGACAGUUUUAGCAAUAAUUCUAAGUAAAUCCAGUUGUAAGAAAGAACAGAACUCCCUUUCAAUUAUUUAAAUUCAUCUACUUUUUCUACCACCACUUCUGAGGAAGAUUUUAGAUUUAUUCAUUUUGUUAGAGAAAAAAAACUCAGAAAAUUUCCCAUCUUAUUUUUCUAGUUUUUCAGCUCCCAGCUGUGUGAAGAAGAAUGACAGUUGAUAUAAAAUUAAUCUGAUUUUAAUUCCCAGUUGAUUGAUAUAAAGUUCCCAUAAAUCUUUGUUAAUUCCAGGGUCUGUCUGACCUGGUUUGUGCGCAGAUUCCACCAAAACCAACGCCCAAGGAAUGCACAAAGCCAGAGGCUUUCCAGCUGGAGAGCCUCGUUAGGCACGAAGAGGUAAUGCAGAAGAAGAUGGAGGAGCUGGAGAAGACGGAACGGGAAGAGGCAGAGAAGAGAGUCUUCAGAGCGCAGCCCAUUCUGGAGAAGUGGGUAUUUAUUUCUCUGCAUUUAUCUUUUCUUAAAAUAAUGAGAACUCACCGGAAUUAUCGAUCGCAUGAACUAUCAAUCUUGAAAGAAGUAAAUAUUCAAUGAUGAGCAAAUGUUGUCUGGGUUGGUGGAAUAAAUAUUCUCUGUACUUAUUUUUUUCUUAAAUAAUGAGAAUUAUUAGUGGAAUAAAUAUCAAUCUUGAAGAAUUGAAGAAUUGAAAAUAUAAUUCCUUGGGUGUUUAAGUUUUAUAAAAAAAAUGACGAGGAAUUGAAUAUUUUAUUUAUUUACUUUUUUGUUUAAUUAUUUAAAUAUGUGCUAAUUUAAACUGCCUCUGAUAAUCGCAGCAGGGACCCUUUCCCUGUCGCGAAGAAGGAGAGGAAGCCGUUGACUGAAGUCCAAGAGUUCGCUCUUCAUGUAGACCACAGGGCCACAGAGAGAGCAGAGUUUGACCAAAAGGUGUUGGCCCUCUGACUUUUGCUAAUCUCAUCCACAACUACGGUCGAUUUGGUCUCAAUUCAACUAAUCUCACAGUUACUUUUAUGAAAAAUAUUUUAUAAUACGAAAUCUCAUAAUUAUUUUUAGAUUUGAGAACUCAAAUUUAGUAAAAUAUAUUGUGUUAUUUUAAUUCCUGGAAUUAAUCAAUCUUCAGGACCCCGACCCAUUGCAGAAAUAAAUAUAUUUUUUUCAUUCUGCAGGUUAAAGAAAAGGAGACGAUGUACAAGAGGAUGAGGGACGAGUAUGAGGUUUCUAAAAAGGUAUGAGGACUUCAUCACUCUCUCUCUCUCUCUCUCUCUCUCUAUAUAUAUAUAUAUAUAUAUAUGUCAUAUGAUUGAAGAGUAGAUGCUGUUGUUCUACAGAUUGAAGAGGAGAGGGAAGUCAAACAGAUGAGGAAGACGAUGGUGCCCACGGCACGACCCCUCCCCAACUUCGCCAACCCCUUCCUUCCCCAAAAGUGAGCCUUUUUUUUUUUUUUUCUAAGCAUGCUCUUCUUCAUCUGCUCCUCAUAAAUUAUACGAAAAAUGUGAUUCCCUCUGUUGUUGUUUUUUUUUAUAAAAAAAUCAAAUCCCGGGUAUUAUUAUUUUUCUAAGCAUAUGCAAUCAAUCAAUCCUCAUACGAUAAUGGUGUUUUUUUCUAUAUAAAAAAUUCAAAUCGGGGAUAUUAUUAUUAUUUAUUCAUUCAGCGUCUAAACAGAGUUUGUUGUUUGGCAGGUCAACCAAGGAGAUCACCAAGCCCAAAUCACCAGCUCUGAAAGUCUCCCAGAGACUGACGAGGAGGCAGCAGCAGCAGCAGCUUCAUCUCUCCCAGAUGAGAUGA